GGGAGGGAAGAUGGCGGCGAUUAAUGAAACAGAGCUCCUUUGCUUUUGAAACGAUAUUAACAGCUAAAGCUGUGAUUGUAGGAUUUGUUUAAUGUCCUAAAAUAGUUCAGGUGGAUGAACGACGGAAGAUUCGCCGUCAGACUGAAGACUGUUCGAGUCAAGGUUUGUGCCUGGACCUUAUGUGACCUUGGCUGACCGUUAUACACCGGUUUUCCUGACCCAUGGACUCGAUUUCAGCACCAGGCUUCAAAAGGAGGUCUUCACCCUCCUCUUCCCCAGCUGAGGUUGGAGAGACCGCCAGGAGCCCUCCUCCCUGCUCACCCUCCUCGUCUCCGUCACCGCCUUCGUCUGAGCCAUCUUCACCAUUGUCUUCAUCCUCCUCUCUUUGUGCCAAUACCUCAGUGUAUAAAAACAAUGUAAAAGGUUUCAGUGAGGUGGCCAGGGUUUCUUCUACUUCCACACUGCCUCCUGCCACAUUUACAUUUAAUAACACUUCAGUGGAGCAAUUCUCUCACACGGCAAUGCAGGCGAGUGUUAGUUUCGAAGAUGAUGAUGGGAAAGGGGGGAUGUACGAUCCUUACAGCCCAACUGAUGGAGAGAAGGAGGGAAAGCCGGCAGGGGAGGAAGGGGAUGGGGAGAAAUAUGACCCUUUUGAUCCCACUGGCUCUCCACAAUCAGAUGUGGACAUUAGGCUCGACAGAGAGGAGAUCCUGGAGAAACAUGUUGAAAUAAAUGAUGAUGAGAAAGAUGAAGAGCCUCCAGAUUCCACAGAGAUUUUGACCGAUCCACUGAGCCUCAGUCUGACCAGCAAGCUGCCUCUGCGGAGGAGGGUGGAAAGCCGCAGCUCCAAAGCCCGGGGGCAAAGGGAAGGUGUUGACUCUGAUCAUUCUGAGAUAGAGGAGGGGGAGAUAGUUGGAGCUGCUGACAGAGAUGGAGCUAAAAAUAAACUUUCAGAGGAACCCCUUACUCUGAAUUCCGCCAAAAUGUCAUUCUUUGGUUCCAAACCAGAGCGCAUUCUCCGGGUGCUGGAUGGAGAUGGGUUUGUGUCUGUGUGUGCAGAGGGAAACUGGGAAGAUGACAGGGAGCUUGAGGAUGAGCCUGCUGUUGGAGUGGGGGAUUUGAGAAGGAAGUUGGUCAGCAGGAGGAAGGAAAGAUAUCUGUCCUUUCCUGCCUCUUCCCCUCUUUCUUCUCAGCCAUCACUGCCGCCUUCCCUUCCUCAAGCUUCCACAUCCACCUCCCCUGUCACUCCCCCUGUAGAGCACACAAGCAAGAAUCACAAAACCUCCAAAAGUUCUAAAGACCACGACAGACAGAAAAGCAAGGAAAGAAAGCCAGGAGAAAAGGUGGUCAGAAAGAAAAAGAGGAGGAAGGGCAAAGAGGAGGAUCGGGAGAGGAGCAACGAGAAAGAGCGAGGACAUAAGGAUGGGAAGGAGGUUAAAACAAGGGUGAACAGUUGGAGCAGUAGUCGGAAAGGAAAGAAAAGACGACACAGCAGCCCAGAAGCUUCCCAUCACUCUUCAAAAAAAGAAGUACUCUCUAGACACUCCUUUUCUAGUCUGUCCGAAGAAAGACACAGGGAACGGGAAAGAGAUAAAGACAGGGACAGAAAAAGUCACAGAGACAGAGAAAGGGAUAGAGGCAGAGACAGAGAUAAAGGUAGAGACAGACAUCAUAAUCGCAGCAGCAGUCGCAGUAAAGAUGAGAGAGUGCGAGAUUCCAGUUCUAGAAGGAGGGAGAGGGAAAGGAAGGGAAAACAGCACUCAAGCAGCAGAGAGCGGGGCCUUCCAAAGAGGUCCAAAAGCAGUAGGGAAGAGAGGGAAAGUGGUAGAGAGAGGCAGCAGGAAAGGGAGCGUCGAAGGGAUGGUCGCCCUGUUGUCCCACCGUCUAUUCAAGACCUCAACGGGUCUGACCUCUUUGCUAUUAAGCGAACCAUUACAGUGACAACCACCACUACCACCACCACAGUCCCCGGCUCCCCAAGACUGGCAACGUCUCCUGGCCGUCCCAUGGAGGACAGGAAGAGGAGAAAAUGGCAAUCGACUGGAGACACGGAGGACCGGGAAGGUGUUUGCAGCCCAUCACGGUCGCUCUCCCCACCCGGGUAUCAUGGCUAUGAGUCAGACCGCUACUCGGACAAAUUAGAGAUUGACAUGUUGUCUUUGGACGGAGAAGCUUUGGACUCAGAUUACCCAUCUUUGGAGGAUACACCUCCUGCUGCUCUGCCUUUAGAACUACCUGUCCCAACCCCUAAAGCCAAACCUUCCCCUAUAGCCAGACAAAGUCACCCAAAAAAGAAGUCUCACACAAUAAAGAAAUCAGAUUCAUCUUCUUCUUCUAAUAGAACAACAGGCAAAGGCCCUUCCUCACUAACGGUCACUUCGGGUCCUGCCUCCAUCGCUCCCGACCUCUCAUCAGCAAAGAGAGUCAGAAAAGUAGGAAAGGACAAAGUCCGGGAUAAAAGCAGCAGAAAGGAUUUAAUUAGUUCUGGCAAAUCCAAGAAAGAAAGUGGCGGCCAUCGAAAAGGAAAACUUCAGUCCAAAGUGUCUGUGCUGGUGCGAGAGGGAGUGAGCAGUACCACAGGGGCUUCAGUGGGUUCUGGAAAACUAAGUAUGGACCUUUUAGGACCAGGGGGUUCCGGAGGGGGAGCCGGGGGCUCAGUGGUGGGUGGCUCAAUUGCCGUAGUGUUCUGUAGAGACAAUGAAAGCAGGUCACCAUUCCUGAAGCCUUGCUCAGAGCCACUGUCCUUAGGUGGCCGGGCUAAAGAUCUGGCCGGUAUGGGAAAACGAAGCAGCCUGGCUGCGCCGCCAUCAUCCUUAACCAGCCCUGCUGGACUGAAGUCCAAGAAGACAAAACCAAGCUCCAUCACAUCCACUUCUUCCUCGGCAUCCUCCCCCUCAUCAUCUCUGGCAACCAAACGCCGCCGCCGCUUAGCCAAGAAAAACAGUAAGAAAGGUGGAACAGUUGGCUUGGUUGUUGCUGAUGGCAGCCAAACAAAAUCGACAUCAGAAGGCUGGGGCGGAGCCUCUUUUGAUGCUCCAUCAGCCAUUGGAGACGGGAGCAAAUCAGUUAGUCCACAUACAGCUCAAGGUGGCCCUCCACCUUGUUCCUCAUCCUCGUCAUCUUCUACAUCCUCCUCCACCAGUGUUCUCCCGCCCUCCUUCUCUCCGCCACACACGCCUCCUCCAUCUAAUGCACCCUUGCGGGGCACCAGGGAGUCUUCACCUGACUCUCAGACUGUGGACAGCAGUUGUAAGACCCCCGAGCCGACUUUUCUAGCUGAAGACUGCCCAAAUCAAAACACCCCUUCUCCAUCAGCGUCUAGUCCAUCGAGUCUGUCCACUCCCCAGGGAGCUGGCCUCGGAAGCACCCUGUCUACACAGACUGUAAAGCCCGCACCUCCAGAUGAGAUGCCAAAAUCUUUGGCCUCACCUCCUUGCUCAUCUUCAUCAGCAGGUCUUGCCUCCCUUUCACUGUCUCUCUCUUCAGCUGACCCCUCCUCCUCUUCCUCUGUAUCCUCCUCUUCUGCCAGCAAGCUGCCGCCACCUCCUCCUCCGCCUCCACCAGCAGCACCUACUCUGCCCUGGAGUCUUCAGACCGGAGUGGACUGUACAACUGGAGGUGUCUUGGCUUUGACUGCUCUGCUCUUCAAAAUGGAGGAGGCCAAUAUUGCCAGCAGGGCAAAAGCACAGGAGUUCAUUCAAGCAACCAGUCAGAUCCUGUCCCAAGCCAACCAGAACCAAUCCCAGCAUCAUGUUCCUCCCUCCUCGAUGUCUUCCUCCGCCCAGAUCCCUCCACCUCCGACUGUGGCUCCACCUCCUGGUCUGAGCCCAGCCCAGUUCAUCCUCCACAGCUCUCUCCCACUGGUGGGAUGCACCAAAACUCCCCCUUCUCACCUGCACUCGUCCCUAGGAGGUGGAUGUGCACAGACCCCACCGCCUAUGCUGCCUGUGGGGCUGUCAGGAAUGACAGGAAGCUCUGGCGAAGCUGGAUGGGAAAAUGAGAACAAAGAUUCAGAUAAGUAUCUGAAGAAGUUGCACACCCAGGAGCGGGCAGUGGAGGAGGUGAAGCUAGCUAUCAAACCUUACUACCAGUGCAAAGACAUCAAUAAGGAAGAGUAUAAAGAUAUCCUCAGGAAAGCUGUGCAUAAGAUCUGCCACAGCCGUACUGGAGAAAUCAACCCAGUCAAAGUCAGCAACCUCAUAAAACUGUAUGUUCAACGCUACAAAUAUUUCCGGAAACAUGGACGCAAAAUGGAUGAAGAAGAACGGGAAGACCGGGAGCAGGGAACACUGCAUUCCUCUGCCUGAGAGAAGGCUGUUUCUUUCAGCCAUCCAGCUCAGCGUCUGAGCACUCCACUGACUGGUUCAAUUUGUUUUGAUUGUUUUUCAGAACUUACUUUGUGUACACAUUCAUGCCACCUGUUUCUUUCUCUCUGUAAAUAUAUAUUUCAUCGAUCAUGAAUGCGGUGUUCAGGAAGCAGAUGCUGCUAGCUGAAUAACUGCAGUCCAGCAACUUUGUGAAAAGUUGCUGGACUGCACCAUCUUUGUGUCUAUUGGAGGUUUUACUAAGGAGUUGCCAGUCACAGUGCUAACAUUUCAAGAACAUUGAAUUAUUUGUUCUGGCUUGUCAGUAGGGAAAGGGAGAUGUUCCACACACCAAUAAUCUGUUAGAAAAUGCUGAAGGACCCUCCACUCACAGAACGUACCAAAUCUCCCAUCCAUGUGUCUGCAUCUCUGUGACCUGAACACUUGUCUGAUGCUUCAGAUCCAUUUUACUGUCUGACCUCUUUUAUUCUGUGUAUUGUGUGCAUGUGGUAUAGAAGUUGGAGAAAGUUACUAAAUGUCUUUAUAAAAUAAUUUGAUCCCCAGAUAUAAACAUUGCUUGAGAAUU